AUGCUUGAAUCUCGUGCUGCUAACUACUAUGUUUUUGCUGCCGCGAAGUGGUGUCAACUACUCCACUCACUACGACGUCUUGGGGAUAACACCAAAAGCUACCCAAGGAGAAAUAAAAAGUUUCGUGAAAUCACUCAGGCCUAUGAGAUCUUGGGUAAUUUUAGGUUAAGGAAAUUAUAUGAUAAAGGUAUUCUCCACACGGCCGGUCCCCAGUAUGCCCAAAAGGAACAUGAAGCCCCCGAACCCGAUGAUCCUUCAACGAGAUUUUAUAAAUCACGUUUGAGAAAAUCAAAAGUUGCCGACAGCCAGGGCCGAACGCCAAUGUAUGACUUUGAUGAAUGGACUAAACAACAUUAUGGCGAUUCAUUUCAACGUCGUCGAACAGCUAAGGAACAAUACGAUCACAAAAAGAGACAGGAGCGUGAUGAUCUUUUAAUUUUACAAAAAGAAAUUGUGCUGGGAUGCGUUAUUCUGUUCUCAGCCUUGGCAUAUAUGAAAUUUUAUUCCGAAUCAUCAUAUGAUUUGCCUAAAGAGAAAACUAUUCGUGUGGACGAAUCAAAAGAUAGAAAUCUUAAAGAUGUAAAGGACAGUACAACAUAG